CAACAACACAAAUUCGCUAUAAAACAAACAAAUCCAUAAAAAGUGCAAAAUAACAAGGAAAAAAAAGUAAAACAGUGCCAAUUAACAACAACAACUUCAACCAGAACAGGCGAUCUACAAAAAUCAACCGGCAGAAUAAACAAUUAUUAUCGCAGUCAACACAAGGAGCGAUUCCCCAUUGGAAACUUUUGGCGGAUUAUAUUAUAAUCCCGAAGCUUGAGAGUGUCCUUCGGUAAUUUCUUGGCCUGGCGUGGAUUACUGAAGACACUGCAAAGCUGCAACUGCACAACGACCUACUCUACCCCAUGAUGGACGGCUUCGCGCAGGACUGGCCCUCCCUGACCCACACAGACAACGGCCUGGCCAUGGGCCAGCUGGGGGUGGGCGUGGGUGUGGGUGACCUGCCCAUAGAUGCCGGGUUCGAGCCCCAGACCAGAGCCCGAUCGAACACAUGGCCCUGCCCCAGACCAGACAACUUUGUGGAGCCCGUCGACGAACUGGAUAGUACAAAAGCCAGCAAUCAGCAGUUGACUGCAGGAGACUCACAACAGGCUAUACAGAAUGCGAAUGCAGCCAAGAAGAAUUCAUCGCGUCGCAAUGCAUGGGGAAACCUCUCCUAUGCGGAUCUCAUAACGCAUGCCAUUGGAUCGGCCACCGACAAGCGACUGACUCUGAGUCAGAUCUACGAGUGGAUGGUCCAGAAUGUGCCAUACUUCAAGGACAAGGGCGAUUCUAACAGCAGUGCUGGCUGGAAGAACUCUAUACGUCACAAUCUGUCGCUGCACAAUCGCUUCAUGCGCGUCCAGAACGAGGGCACCGGAAAGUCCUCCUGGUGGAUGCUGAAUCCCGAGGCCAAGCCCGGAAAAUCGGUACGGCGCCGUGCCGCCUCCAUGGAGACGUCCCGGUACGAGAAGCGCCGAGGCAGAGCCAAGAAGCGGGUGGAGGCAUUGAGGCAGGCCGGAGUUGUUGGCCUAAACGAUGCCACGCCCUCGCCGAGCAGCAGUGUCAGCGAGGGGCUGGAUCAUUUUCCAGAGAGUCCCCUGCACAGUGGCGGUGGCUUCCAGCUGUCGCCCGACUUCCGGCAACGCGCCUCAUCCAACGCCAGUUCCUGCGGACGCCUAAGUCCGAUCCGUGCCCAGGAUCUCGAGCCCGACUGGGGAUUCCCGGGUGUCGACUACCAGAAUACCACGAUGACACAGGCCCUCGAGGAGCUCACCGGCUCCAUAGCGGACGAGCUGACGCUGUGCACCCAGCAGCAGCAAGGGUUCAGCGCCGCCUCGGGCCUCCCCACACAGCCUCCUCCGCCGCCCUACCAGCCGCCCCAGACGCAGCCACAGCAGCAGCAGGGCCAGCAGCCCUCGAACUACGCCCUGAACGGCCCCGCCCCCGGCUACAACACGCUGCAGCCACAGACCCAGUGCCUGCUUCACCGCUCCCUCAACUGCAGCUGCCUGCACAACGCCAGAGAUGGCCUCUCGCCGAACUCAGUUACCACAACAAUGUCGCCCGCCUACCCGAACAGCGAGCCAUCCUCGGACUCGCUAAACACUUACAGCAACGUGGUGCUCGAUGGUCCUGCGGACACUGCCGCAUUGCUAGUGCAACAACAACAACAGCAGCAACUUGGGAACCUUGAAGAUAAUAACUGCGCCUCUACUUUGAUAGGACAAUGCCUGGAGGUGCUCAAUAGCGAGGCGCAGCCGAUUGACGAAUUUAAUCUGGAGAACUUUCCCGUGGGGAACCUCGAGUGCAACGUCGAGGAGCUGCUACAGCAGGAGAUGAGCUAUGGUGGCUUGCUGGACAUCAACAUACCUCUGGCAUCGGUCAACACCAACCUGGUAAACAACAGUGCCCCCAUUAGCAACAUCACCACCUCGACCGGCACCAGUCUCGCUCUGAACCAGCUGCAGGCCCAGCUGCAACAGCAACAACAGCAGCAACAGCAACUGCAACAGCAGCAGCAACAUCAGCAACACCAGCAGCAACAGUUGCUCCUGAAUAACAACAACAACACCAGCAGCAACAACCUGGAAUUGGCAACACAAACGUCCAGCACAAAUCUGAAUGCCAGAGUUCAAUAUUCGCAACCGAGUGUGGUGACCUCACCGCCCUCCUGGGUGCAUUAGAUGAUGGCUAAAAGUCGAUUAAGGAUCCACGAUCUGUAGUCGAUGUAUGGUUAUCGUUGUGUGAGUGUGCGCGAAUGAAUGUGUGUGUUAUUUGUAUCGCCAAUGGAACGCUUUAAAACGCUAACUCUAAGGACAAUAGUGUAAAGUUGUAAGCAGCCGUAGAUGGGAACUGGAAACUGGUAACUGGUAACUGGUAGCUGGAAACUAGAGUCGGAAUCAGAGGAGCAGCUGCAGGAUCAGUGAGCAGUAAGACGCAGCUGGACCGCCACUAAAAAGUUUACAAAGAUAAAUCUGGUCGCUUUUAAUCUAACAUACAUACACUACAAAUACAUAGAUAUACAAUUACAAAUAUAUAUAUAUGAAUAUAAUAUGCAUUAAACAUACAACCGAAGCAUACAAAUAAUACCAAUUAAUCACCAAUAAUUAGAUGCUACAAUUAGUGAAAUUCUCUGUGCUUGGCAAUGCAAAAGGAAGCAGUCAUCUGGCAGGAGAGAACCUUGAAUUCAAUUGAGAAAAUGGUUAGUCAAUAAGUUGAACACUGUACAUAUUAAUUCUAAUACCCUUGACGUUAUAAAAACAAACUAUAAUAAUAAUUCUGAUAACUAAAAACAAAACAAGCGUAAAACGUAAACUAAAUGUUCGAAAAAAAAA